ACUUGGCUUCCCACCCUAUUGGUGUUACAGGAACUCGGAAAUACCCUCUUCUGUUCAAUGUUUCCAUCCCUCACCAUGAAGAGAUCACCAUGGCAGAGCUGAGGCUCUACACCUUGGUGGAGCGGGACCAAAUGCUCUACGAUGGCCUUGACCGGAAGGUCACCAUUUUUGAAGUGCUGGAAAAUGAUCAUAUGGGGGUAGGAGAAGAGAGAAAGAUGGUGGCGUUGGCAUCCAGGCAGAUCUACGGCACGAGUAGCGAGUGGGAGAGCUUCGAGGUCACCGAAGCCAUCAGGCGCUGGCGAAGGGCAGGGCUGACCACGCACCGGCUGGAAGUUCACAUAGAGAGCAGGGAAGGGGAGGAGCAGAAUGGAGAGGGCAACCUCGAUAUCGACAUCAACUCUGAGGCGAAGCACGUGCCCCUGCUGAUCGUGUUCUCUGAUGACCAAAGCAAUGACGAAAAGGAGGAGAAGCAGGAGCUGAACGAAAUGAUAGACCAUGAGCAGCUCCUGGACUUGGAGAACUUGGAGGUCGGCAAUUUCCACAGCCACCCCGGUGAGGAGGCAUUGCUCCAGAUGCGCUCCAACAUCAUUUACGACUCUACUUCCCGAAUCCGGAGGAACGCGAAAGGCAAUUACUGUAAAAAGACUCCACUCUACAUAGAUUUCAAGGAGAUUGGCUGGGAUUCCUGGAUCAUCGCCCCGGCAGGGUACGAAGCCUACGAGUGCCACGGAGUGUGCUCCUACCCCUUAACAGAGCACGUCACGCCGACGAAACAUGCCAUUGUCCAGACUUUGGUUCACCUGAAGAAUCCCCAGAAAGCCUCCAAGGCCUGCUGCGUGCCCACCAAACUCGAUCCCAUCUCUAUUCUCUACUUGGAUGCGGGGGUCGUCACCUACAAGUUCAAAUACGAAGGCAUGGUGGUGUCAGAGUGCGGCUGCAGAUAGUAGCAGGGAACGCAAGCGCAGGGGAGUGCACAGGAGGAGUAUUUAAUGAUUCAGUCUGUAAAUUUGUACAUUUCGGAUUUCCUAUUUAAUGAGGUUAUUUAAUGAGGCAUGUACAGAUAAUUGUAUGUUUCCUGUUACGGGGCACGGGCAAGUCGUACGACCGUAGGGAA